CUUUCAUUCAUUCUCUCCUUCCACUCACCCCGUCCAACCUCCAGCUCUCGCAAGAAGAAAUGUGAAGCUCCAGCACCUGUCCCUUCAAUCCCUCCCACCAACAAACCCAAUCAUGACAACCACCCGCCUCCGCAAAGCAAUCCACUACCCCUCCUCCGACUCCGACGAAGGAGACCACAUAGACGAAGAACACCAAGAACGCCUAAUAACCACCCUGCAAACCGAAGACGCCCGCAAAACCCACCUCUACCGCACCCUCUUCCUCGCCAUCCCACUCCUCUCCCUCCUCUACGCAACCUACCACCUUCUCUCACCCUCCACAUCCGCACGGAAUAAACUCCUCUCCCUCCUAAGCGUGUCCAGCUUAGCAUGCACAGCAUACCAUUUACACUUCAUGCCUUCUGCGCCGCCGGAUCGGAAGGGGAAGAAGGCGGUGUAUAAAGUUGAGAUGGAGAGGGGGCCGGUGGAGAGGUAUUUGGUUUUGUUGAAUGCAGUGUUGGCUGGGGUUUUGGGGCUUGCUGCUUGGGUUAGUUGGAGGAGGGGAUGGGUGGAGGAUGCGUGGAGGGAGGCGUUGCCUGGUAGUGAGUAUUGUUCUCUUCCCCUUUCUACGGUCGUCUUGAUGUUGGGGCUAACGAACGACGAACAGUUGUUUUCGGGUUGACGAUGGUGGUACAACGACAACUACGGCCGCUGGAUCUGGAAGAACUCCGACAAGCGAGAUACGAGUACAAAGGCGCGUGAGAAGUCAAAGUCUUCACAGCCACACGGCA